CCGCCGCUUUGCUCUCUCUCUCCCCAAUAAAGCCCCUCUUUCUCUCAUCUCUUCGACGCUCCUUUCUUCGAAAUUAAAAAUCGCAAUCGGAGAAAAUCGCAAAUGGAGAACGAGCCAAACGGCAUCCCAAGGGGCUACAUCCACGCCCCAAAAAGCUACGCGCUCAGCGGCAAGAUCAUGCUCAGUGCUAUCAUCAUCCUCUUCACUGUCGUCGUCCUCAUCCUCUGCCUCCACAUCUACGCCCGUUGCUUCCUCCUCCGCCGCCGGCGCAACCGGUUUCUCCGCCGACGAUCCCGCCUCCUCUUCGCCUCCGCAACCCACCAAGCUCCCUCCGGCGGCCUCGAUGCCGCCGUUCUCAGAUCGCUCCCCGUCUUCGUCUUCUCCCCCCAAACCCACCCGGACCCGCUAGAAUGCGCCGUGUGCUUAUGCGAGUUCGAGGAGAAGGAGAAAGGUCGGCUGCUGCCCAAAUGCAACCACAGCUUCCACACCGGUUGCAUCGAUAUGUGGUUUCACUCCCACUCCACGUGUCCGCUCUGUAGAUCGGCCGUGAAGCCCGAUAUAUCGGAUUCGCCGCGUAACGUUUUUCAAAACCAGAUCGAGAUUGUGGUAUCGGUAGAGACAGAGACAGAGCGAACUUCAGAAGCUGGCCCGAGUUCUGGGUCUGAAGAAACAGGCUCUUCUUCUUCUUCUUCGUCGACGUCGUCUUCGAAUCCAGGUUCUUCUUCUUUUAGGAAGAAGGCUUUAGGGUUUGUAGGGAUGGGGAUUGAAGUGCCGAGGAGGAACGAGAGCUUUAAAGGGUUGGAGGAGGAUUUGGUGGUUGGGUCGCCGUUGAGAUCUCCAGGGAGUGGGAUUCUUGCGUUGAGGAGGAUUUUGAGUAGAGAUAGAAGAGCCGGCGGAGGUGGUGGUAGCAGCUCUGCUGCUGAAAUCGAUGUUGAAAGAGGAGAAGAACAGGGCCAACCUCAAAGGUGAGGAUUCUCUCUAUGGAUGUGGGCCCUUUGUGGAGUUGUUCCGUCAUGUUACACGUGGCAGGUUUUCAUGAUCUUCCCUGAUUAGGUUGGAAUGUGAAGAUUCAAAGUCGGUGAUUUUUAUUUUUUUUUCUUCUUUUAAUGUUUAAAUAUAUAAGUAUCUCGAAAUUGAGCUUGUAAAUUAACUAGUUAAAAUCGGAAAUUGGGUUUAUUUGUUUAUUUAUUUUUAA